AUGGAUGGCGAUCAACGCAGCAAGCAGCAUGAGCGAUUGAUGGCACGGUCCAUCAAUGCCGCGAGCAGAGGCCGAGGCCGUGCAGCCGAUCGCUUCGAACAGGCCAUGCAUACACGUGGAGACCCAACGGGGAUUUCACAGGCGCCAGACCGCGCUACCAUGUCCUACGACUAUGGAUACACAGGCAACUCUUUCCCCGGCGGUUCAUUGCAGCCAAACGACGUACAAGCCUUUGGGGCAGACUAUACGCGGCCGCGACACGCGCUGCAUCAUCCAUCACUGGGACAGUCCUCACAAGAUUCGGUGCAAGCGCAUCUCGCGCAGCAUCCAGACUCAGUGCAGCAGCAGCAGCAGCAAUCUCGACGGCGCGCACCAGCCGAAACCACCCCAUUGGUUCCGUACGAGUCGGCCAUGCUGUACGGCUUCAGCCAGCAGGGUUCCUCUCAUGGACCCUUUGACGUUGUCCCACAAUACUCGACACGGCAGUCUGCAGCGAUUGAAGCCCUGUCGAACCAGAUGGCCAUUCCACAAUAUUUCGCAGAGGAACCCACGGGGUCCGGGGUCCCUGGCCUCUCCCCAUAUCUGAAUGCACUGGCAUAUAAUCAACCUGGUUCCAUGGCUCGGCCUAACAAUGCACAUCCUUUUCCGACUACUAUGGCUGAUUUCACGCCAAUCGGGUCGGGAUCGUCUGCUCAACCUGUUCAACAGGAGCAGCAACAGGUUGAUCCAUCUCAACUGUCUGAGGCUGACCCGUCCAGUCUCGAGCAGGCGUAUGCUCAGUAUCAGCGAGCGCUGCGCAGCACUUUCGAUCAGACUCGCGCCGGACGAUUGGUAGAGGCGAGCGGAUCGCUGUUGGAAAUUUCCGAGUGGCUUGUGACUAACGCACGGGAUCUUGGAAUCCUGCGCGACGAUGAUGAGCGGCGCUCGGAACGCUUACAGCUUUGGAAUGACUUCAAUAUUUGCUGGCUAGCUAUCUGUCAGAAACAAAAGGAUCUGACCCAGGAUGUCGUGGCGACAGGCCACCAACCACCACAGACUAGUUUACUGAGCCGGGAUCGCAUGGAGGCCAUUGGCAAGGAGUUGAUUCAGCUCUGCGACCAGCUGGAACCACACGGAUUGGUUGAUUAUCAGAUGGGGAUUUGGGAGGAGGAGAUUCUUUCUGUCCUGGGUCAAUGUCUGGAUCUGAUGGAGAGCAGACCCGAACUCCUGCGUAUUCAGACCAUUCCCGAACCCGCCACUGCAACACAGCGACCAUGA